AUGAAGCGUUACAAAAAUCCUUUUGAAACGGCUAUUGAGGAGGAGCAGGAUGAAUCUCCUCCAGAGUCCCCUGUUUGUGACGGUGGCAGAAGUGGAGAUGGUGACGACGAUGUUGGCCUUCCGCGUCAGGUGAAGAAACUUAAAACCUUUGAGGAUACGGAAGUUAAUGAUCGUGAGAAGAAGGUAGUGAAGAUGCAUGCUCUUAUAUCGCAGUUUACAGAGGAACAAAUGAGCAGAUAUGAAUGUUUCAGGAGAUCUACUCUUCACAAAUCAAGCAUGAAGAAGCUAUUAGAGAGUAUCAUAGGGAUUAAGAAUAUGAACAACGACGAUCCUAGGCUUUCCGUUGUUAGUGGUAUAGCAAAAAUGUUUGUUGGUGAGCUGGUGGAAACAGCUCGACUGAUUAUGGUGAAAAGGAACGAGACAGGACACAUCAGGCCUUGCCAUAUCCGAGAGUCCUAUCGUAAUCUCAAGCUCCAAGGGAAAGUGCCUCGAAGGACAGUUCCCCGCCUUUUCCGUUAAGUCAGGAGAGACAAUCAUCUAUUCUAUUAAUUAUUCAACAUGUACAAUUGAUAUGAAGUUAUGUCCAAUUUAAAAAAAAAUUGCAUUAAAAUAUAACUGAAAAUAUAACUAAAUAAAGUAAACUAUAAUUGCAUCUAAAAUAUAACUUCUGAUUCCAUAAGUAUAACCACUAAAAGUCUACUCCACGUUCCUAAUUUAAAGGA